AUGGGUCUUACCGAUAUCUUCUCCAGCAUCUUCCCUACUGCUUACGCCGAAGAGGCCGCUGCACCUGCCGUUGAGCAAGCUGAACCCGUUGUUGAAGAACAACCUGCCGCUGAGGAGCCUGCUGCUGAAGAGGAGCCUGCUGCCGAGGAGGAAGAAGAGGAAGAAGAAGAGGAGGUUGAGGAUCCUAAGGAAGCUAUCAUGGAAGAGUGCGCAAACGAAUGCUCCGCCUUGAAGAAGCACCUUGACGCAUGCAACGAACGUGUCGAAAACGGCUCUGAUGAAAACUGCAUUGAGGAAUUCUUCCACUUCAUGCACUGCGCUGACGAAUGUGCUGCUCCCAAGAUCUUCGCCGCUACCAAGUAA